AAAAGGGAGCAGAGAGCUAGCUGCUUAGGGGGAGGGAAAGGGAGCCGGAGCGGGAGCUCGAGGGGAGGCAGGCCGGUCGCCGGGCUUGGCAGGCGGACUUUGAGUGCAAGAACCGAGCCUUCCUUAGGCCCCUCGCCCGCAGGACCGCGAUGCCCCUGGCCUCUCCCGCAGAGGCUAAGGCUGGGCCUGGGGUCGCCGCAGGGGCGAGGGGGGCCGCCCAGGAUGGAACUCCAGCCUCCUGUAGCCGCGGAAACUUGAUCUUCGACUGAUAAACCUCAGCUCACGUCUCCGCACCGUCCUCCACUGCCGCCGCACGCUGCGGGUGCAGGACCCAGGCUCUCGGACCGCGGCCACUGCGUGCCCUCGGAGUGGGGGUGCAGGGGGGGUUGGCCGCGGCGUCCCGAGGCCAGCCCCCCCGGAGUGACUGCCACCAACCAUGGCGGACGGGUCACCUCGGCCCCCGCUUUAUCGCAGCGUCUCGUUUAAACUGCUGGAGCGCUGGAGCGGAGGACCGGGGCCGAGGGAGGAGGACGCGGACACCCCUGGGUUGCGGCGCCGAGCUUCGUGCCGGCCAGCCGCGGCAGUCCCGGGCCAGCCCUCCCGGCGCGUGUCCAAGCUGGCGUCGGGGCCCCCGGCCGCCCCCGCGCAGCCGCGCCCGCUCCGCAGCCUCUCGCCAUCGGUGCGCCAGCUCUCCCGGCGCUUCGACGCGGCGCGUCUGGACGACGACUCCACUGGUGCCCGGGACUGGGGCUGCUCCUCCGGCACCACAGAAGAAGCAGCGGAAGGCUCUGAGCGUGGGGCCUGGCCCAGCGUCACCGAGAUGCGCAAACUCUUCGGCGGCCCGAGCUCCAGACGACCCAGUAUGGACUCUGAGGCCCUGGGGUCGACCAGCCCCGACAGAGCUUCGUGGGAGCCCCCAACUCGCGAUCCCCGGCAGCCUCCGACGCCACCUCCUCGAACGUGCUUUCCUCUGGCUGGCCUGCGUUCUGCGCGGCCGCUGUCCGGGCCCGGGAUCGAGGGGAGGCGACGUCGGCAGCACCAGCAGCAGGAGCGGGCGCAGCGUCCGGCGGAUGGUUUACAUUCUUGGCAUAGCUUCUCCCAACCGCAGGCCGGGGCUCGGGCCUCCUCCUCCUCCUCCUCCAUUGCCUCCUCCUAUCCUGUCAGCCGCAGCCGGGCUGCUAGUUCUAGCGAGGAGGAAGAGGAGGGACCGCAGCCGCAGCUUGGGCCUCAGAGUCCGGCCUACCUCGGAGGCCACUCUUCGGGCAGUGACGAGGACCCAGAUGGUGAGGAUGGCCGUCGCUGGAGAGGGAGAGGUCUCCGGCCUGGAAGCUCUCUGUUGGUUCAUGGCUGCAGCCAGGACAGUGACGAGCUAAAUCCGGGGGGCUUGGGAUCAGCGGGGGGUGUCGGGAGCCCCGAACCUCCGACGUCUCCAAGAACCUCAAUGGAGGAGUGGGGUAUUGGCACACAACCCUGCGUCCCAUGUCCCCAAGAGAUCUUAAAGCCUAUGUCCGACACAGGGGGUGCACCUUUCCGUGUGGCUAAGGUGAGUUUUCCUGCGUACCUGGCCAGCCCUGCUGGCUCCCGAGGUAGUAGUCGAUAUUCCAGCACUGAGACCCUCAAGGAUGAUGACUUAUGGUCAAGCCGCAGUUCUGUGAGCUGGGGUGUAUAUCGAUCCCCAAGUUUUGGAACUGGAGAUGGACUCCUUCUGCGUCCCCAGACUAGGUCCCGCAGUAAGGGAUCUGUAGGCACCGCCAGGACGCUGAGGGAUGGAGGACUGGAGCUAGAUAAGAACCGACAACGCAAGUCCCUAUCGAAUCCAGAUAUCGCCUCAGAAACCCUGACGCUGCUCAGUUUCCUGCGUUCAGACCUUUCAGAGCUGCGGGUCCGAAAGCCCAGUGGGGGCCCUGGAAACAGCCCUCUAGAUGGCAGAGACUCACCAUCAGCAGGUAACCCAAUGGAACAAUCUGAGUCCACGCUGUCUCAAAGUCCAACAUCACCCACCACCCGGCCCACCCUCAAGGACCUGACAGCUACCCUGCGCAGGGCAAAGUCAUUCAGCUGCUCAGAAAAGCCCAUGGCCCGGCGCCUGCUCCGCACCAGUGCCUUGAAGCCUAGCUCCUCAGAGCUCCUACUGGCAGGUUCUGGGGCAGAGGAGGAUCCACUGCCACUCGUGGUCCAGGAUCAGUAUGUUCAGGAAGCCCGGCAGGUUUUUGAGAAGAUUCAGCGUAUGGGUGCGCAGCAGGAUGAUGGAGGUGAUGUCUGCCCUAGAAGUCCUGACUGGGCAGGGGCUAUGACCCAAGGGCAGCGGUCUCAGGAGGAGCUCUCUGGCCCUGAGUCCAGCCUGACAGAUGAGGGCAUUGGAGCAGACCCUGAACCUCUUGGUGCUGCCUUCUGCAGCCUAGAUCCUGCAGGAGUAUGGCGACCCCUUUCCUCAGCUUCAGCACAGACAGACCAUCAGCGUGGGGCGGGGACAGAAGACAGCCUGGGUGGGAGGGCCCUUCUGUCUCCUGAGACCCCUCCGACACCGGGUGCCCUCCGCAGGAGACGAAAAGUCCCACCCUUGGGCCCUAAUGGAACUGAACUAAGUAAUGGGGAGCCGAGUGAGGCCUACAGGUCCCUGAGUGACCCUAUCCCACAGCGUCAUCGGGCUGCCACCUCUGAGGAGCCCUCAGGGUUCUCUGUGGACAGCAAUCUCCUGGGCUCCCUGAACUCUAAGACAGGGCUUCCAGUGACCCCAGCUAUGGAUGAGGGCCUGACCAGUGGCCACAGUGACUGGUCUGUGGUUAGCGAAGAGAACAAGGACUAUCAGGAAGUCAUUCAGAGUAUCGUUCAGGGGCCUGGUGCCUUGGGGCGUAUGGGAGAAGACAGGGUUGCUGGCAAGACCCCCAAGAAGAAAUCUCUGAGUGACCCUAGUCGCCGUGGGGAGUUGGCUGGGCCUGGAUUUGAGGGCCCAGGAGGGGAGCCCAUUCGGGAAGUGGAGCCCAUGCUGCCUCCCUCCAGCAGUGAGCCUAUCCUUGUAGAGCAGUGGGCAGAGCCAGAAGACCCUGGUCCUGCCAGGGGCAGGGCACAGUCAGAGAGGUCCCUACCUGCCCCACUUGCUUCCUCCACUGCCCACCAUGGCUUCCAUCUUGACCCCAAGCUGACCAAUGUCCCCUCCCCUCGGCUCACCCGUCGAGGCUCCAAGAAGCGCCCAGCCCGGAGCAGUCACCAGGAGCUUCGGAGAGAGGAAGGCCACCAGGACCAGAGUGGUGGCCUCACACAAAUUCGGUCCUCCUCUAAACAUGUUCGCCACGCCAGUGUGCCAGCCACCUUUACACCUAUUGUGGUGCCUGAACCUGCCACGUCCGUGGGACCCACUGUGGCUGUGCCGGAGCCUGUGGGCUUUCCCGUUCGAGGCCAUUCCACGUUGCAGGCACCAUCACUUGAGGAUGUGACUAAACAGUACAUGCUGACCCUUCACUCUGGUGAUGCUCCUGCUGCAGGUCCUGUGGACCUGCCCUGCCUGCCUCCCUCUGCACCGCCCUCCACUGAGACCAAGCCCUCCGGGACUGUCAGGGCAACUCCAGAUGAACCAGCCCCAGCGAGCAAGUGCUGUAGCAAGCCACAAGUGGACAUGAGGAAGCAUGUGACCAUGACCCUGCUGGACACGGAGCAGUCGUAUGUGGAGUCACUGCGCACCCUAAUGCAGGGCUACAUGCAGCCUCUGAAGCAGCCGGAGAACUCCUUGCUGUGUGACCCGUCUCUGGUGGAUGAGAUCUUCGACCAGAUCCCCGAGCUGCUGGAGCACCAUGAGCAGUUCCUGGAGCAGGUGCGGCACUGCGUGCAGACGUGGCACGCCCAGCAGAAGGUGGGAGCCCUGCUCGUCCAGUCGUUCUCCAAAGACGUCUUGGUGAACAUCUAUUCGGCCUAUAUUGAUAACUUCCUCAACGCAAAGGAUGCUGUGCGUGUAGCUAAGGAGGCCAGGCCAGCCUUUCUCAAGUUCUUGGAGCAAAGCAUGCGUGAGAAUAAGGAAAAGCAGGCGCUGUCCGACCUCAUGAUAAAGCCUGUGCAGAGAAUCCCACGCUAUGAGCUUCUGGUGAAGGACCUUCUGAAGCACACACCGGAAGACCAUCCAGACCACCCACUGCUGCUGGACGCUCAGCGGAACAUCAAGCAGGUGGCCGAGCGCAUCAACAAGGGCGUGCGGAGUGCGGAGGAGGCGGAGCGGCAUGCCCGUGUGCUGCAGGAGAUCGAAGCCCACAUUGAGGGCAUGGAGGACCUCCAGGCCCCCCUGCGGCGGUUCCUGAGGCAAGAGAUGGUUAUUGAAGUGAAGGCCAUUGGAGGCAAGAAGGACCGAUCCCUCUUCCUGUUCACAGACCUCCUUGUCUGCACCACCCUGAAACGGAAGUCGGGCUCCCUGAGGCGCAGCUCCAUGAGCCUGUACACAGCAGCCAGCGUCAUUGAUACAGCCAGCAAAUACAAGCUGCUGUGGAAGCUGCCACUGGAAGACACAGACAUCAUCAAGGGGGCAUCUCAAGCCACCAAUCGGGAGACCAUCCAGAAGGCCAUCAGCCGCCUGGAUGAAGACCUGGCAACCCUGAGCCAAAUGAGCAAGCUCUCGGAGAGCCUCGGCUUCCCCCACCAGAGCCUGGAUGAUGCGUUGAAGGAUCUCUCAGCCGCCAUGCACCGGGACCUGUCAGAAAAGCAGGCGCUGUGCUACUCCCUGGCCUUCCCGCCCACCAAGCUGGAGCUGUGUGCCACCCGGCCCGAGGGCACCGACUCCUACAUCUUUGAGUUUCCCCACCCCGAUGCCCGCCUGGGCUUUGAGCAGGCCUUUGAUGAGGCCAAGAGGAAGCUGGCAUCCAGUAAGAACUGUCUAGACCCCGAGUUCCUCAAGGCCAUCCCUAUCAUGAAAACCCGCAGUGGCAUGCAGUUUUCGUGUGCUGCCCCCACCUUCAGCAGCUGCCCAGAGCCAGCACCAGAGGUAUGGGUGUGCAACAGUGACGGCUACGUAGGUCAGGUGUGCCUGCUAAGCUUGAGGGCGGAACCAGACGUGGAGGCCUGCAUCGCUGUUUGCUCUGCCCGCAUUCUCUGUAUCGGAGCGGUGCCAGGCCUGCAGCCACGCUGCCCGCGAGAGCAGCCAGAGCCCUUGAGGAACCCCCCAGAGACCACACUGGAGUCCACUGGGCCAGAUCUGGAUGUUGAGGCCACAGCUGAGGAGGAAGCAGCGACGCUGGCCGAGCCAGGGCCUCAGCCUUGCCUACACAUUUCCAUCUCAGGAUCUGGCCUGGAAAUGGAUCCAGGCCCUGCCAAGGGUGACCCCCAGCCUGAGUUGGUGCCCUUUGACAGCGACUCUGAUGAUGAGUCCUCCCCCAGCCCCUCCGGGACGCUUCAGAGCCAAGCCAGCCAAUCUACCAUCUCCUCCAGCUUUGGCAAUGAAGAGACCCCAAGCUCCAAAGAGGCCACUGCAGAGACAACCAGCUCCGAGGAAGAGCAGGAGCCUGGCUUCCUGUCACUCUCGGGCUCCUUUGGGCCAGGCGGUCCCUGUGGUGCCAGCCCGAUGGAUGGAAGAGCCCUUCGCCGCUCCAGCCGUGGCUCCUUCACAAGGGGAAGCCUUGAGGACCUGUUGAGCGUGGACCCUGAGGCCUAUCAGAGUUCCGUGUGGCUGGGAACUGAGGACGGCUGUGUCCACGUCUACCAGUCCUCUGAUAGCAUCCGUGACCGCAGGAACAGCAUGAAGCUCCAGCACGCUGCCUCCGUGACCUGCAUCCUGUAUCUGAAUAACCAGGUGUUCGUGUCUCUGGCCAAUGGAGAACUUGUAGUCUACCAAAGGGAAGCAGGGCGUUUCUGGGAUCCCCAGAACUUCAAAUCGAUGACCCUGGGUUCUCAUGGGAGCCCCAUUACCAAGAUGGUGUCUGUGGGUGGACGGCUGUGGUGUGGCUGCCAGAACCGGGUCCUUGUCCUGAGCCCUGACACAUUGCAGCUGGAGCACACAUUCUAUGUGGGGCAGGAUUCCAGCCGAAGUGUGGCUUGCAUGGUCGACUCCAGCCUGGGCGUGUGGGUGACCUUGAAAGGCAGUGCCCAUGUCUGUCUCUAUCAUCCAGACACCUUCGAGCAGCUGGCGGAGGUAGAUGUCACCCCUCCUGUGCACAGGAUGCUGGCAGGCUCAGAUGCCAUCAUCCGGCAGCACAAGGCAGCCUGCCUGAGGAUCACAGCGCUGUUGGUGUGUGCGGAGCUGCUGUGGGUGGGCACCAGUGCUGGGGUCGUGCUGACUAUCCCCACCUCCCCAAGCACCGUCAACUGCCCACGAGCCCCUCUCAGCCCGGCUGGCCUGUGCCAGGGGCACACCGGCCACGUCCGCUUCCUGGCUGCAGUCCAGCUGCCUGACGGCUUCAACCUUCUGUGUUCAACCCCACCACCUCCCCCAGACACAGGUCCUGAGAAGCUGCCAUCCCUGGAUCACCGGGACUCCCCUCGGCGCCGAGGCCCUGCCUCAGCCAGGCCUAAAAUGCUGGUCAUCAGUGGUGGUGACGGCUCUGAGGACUUCCGACUCAGCAGCGGGGGUGGCGGCAGCAGCGAGACUGUGGGCCGAGACGACAGCACAAACCACCUGCUCCUGUGGAGGGUGUGAGCCUGCCCCCGUGGCUCAGGACUCGGCUGUCCACCUGUCUGCAGAGUGUCCACGCAGGGGCAUACCACGUGGACUCUGUCUCAUCUUUGUGGAAGCAUUCCUGGUAGACCGCCACCAGCUAGGCCGAGGCCUCUCGUACCCACUGACUACCCUAGUGCUCCCCUUUGGGAGCAGGGUGGAGAUGUGGGGGCUGCCCAGGACCUCUGUCCCUGAAGCUUCUACCAAAGACACAGCCAGGCCUGGACCCCACGGGGCUGGGGAGGCCGUGUGCAAUAUGUGGAGAGCUCUCUGGGGCAGUGCGAAGGCUAAGGGCGGCACCCUUUCCUAUGUACAGUAUUUAUGUUACCCUUUAGAUGAAUACUUUCCAAAGCACUUAUUUAUGCAGUGACCUGGGGCAGGACAUGAUGUGAGGAAAAGACAGGAGGAGAAAAGCCUGUUCCUGCCUGAGAGGCCACCCUGGAACCCUAACCUAGCUGUCCUGGAAGGACCAAUGCCCACCCAUUACACACACACACACACACACACACACACACACACACAGAGAGAGAGAGAGAGAGAGAGAGAGAUACUCAGCACACAUUCACUCUGCAUGUUCAGGGCACUAAGACACUGUCCCUUAACAUAAACUCCAGCCCUCCCUGAUGGGGCCGCCCAUCCUAAUCCAGAAGCAAAGUUUGCUCAGUUGCUCCCACAGGGGAGCUUCCCUGAGUUUAGCAUUUCCAAGGUGAUGCCUGAGGUUCCUUAUUGUGGGAACAUCGGUAGGUCUGGGACAGGGCUUUCUCAGGUAAGAGGAAAGGGCCCUCAGCCCUCACAGCCGGGUAAGCCCCAGCGCCUGCCCCAUGUCUCAUGCACUGGCACGUCGGUCACCUUGUGGGUGGACCUCUGAGUCCCCUUUCUCUGACCACUGAAUCGAGUCCCUCUCUAAACACCCACCUGCCAAGGGCAGCCCCUUCAGGAAGGACACCCCACCCCACCCCCAGAGUUGAGGGACUAGACAUAACCGGUUCAGCUGAGAAGACUGUCCCUCACGGCCAGGCUGCAGGGAGCCACCCUGAUGCUCAGCCCCUGGCUUCAGCUACAACUCCAAAGGUCUGGUUUCAGAUAGGAUUUGUUUGUUCUGUUUGAUUUUGUUUUUCUUUGGGGUGGGUGGGUCAUUAUGGUCUUAGAUGAUGUUUCUCUUGCUACCAAACAGCCAUGUAUUAACUCUCUUCAGAUGAUGAAAUUUAAAGAGUCAAUAAAUAGAAACACCAAA